UAUUAAAUUUAAAGGUAUAUAUUUAAAAUUUAAAUUAAUUAGGUGGAAAAUUGUUUUCUUCUUUGGAUUUUGAAAGCCAAGGGCCUUGCCCACUGUUUCUAUUCUCUUAUAUAAUGCUACCAUUGUUCUUUCUCUCAAAGCCCACAAAACAGUUUCGACAUAUUUUGGUAAGAUAAACCCAAAUGUUGGUUUUUUUCCUCGCUAAUAUUAAACUAAACGCAAGCAGAGAUUUUACCUAUAAACAGAGAUCCUCUGUUUCAAAGCUUGUCACUUUUCUCAUUUCUGGUUUUCCUUCUCUCUCUUUAGCCCUCUCUCUUACACUCAGUUUCUUGUUUCGCAUCGCUGUCUCUGGUUUGAGAGGGGGUUUGUGUUUUGCGGUGACUAGGAGAUUAUAAAUUGUUGGUUGUCGAGUUUUUAUUUUCAUGUGUUGGUGAUAAUUAGCUUUACGUCUAUGCUGAAUUAUAGUGCAUAAGUGAUUUCAUUGAAAGGUUAUGAAGAAGGCUAAACAGGUUAACGUUUGUUCAGGAUAUAAAAGUCGAAGAUGAAGUACGUGCUUGUAACAGGAGGUGUUGUGAGUGGAUUAGGGAAAGGAAUCACUGCAAGCAGUGUUGGUGUCCUUCUUCAAUCUUGUGGUCUUCGCGUUACUUGUAUCAAAAUUGAUCCUUAUCUGAAUUACGAUGCUGGAACCAUAUCUCCUUACGAACAUGGUGAAGUGUUUGUCUUGGACGAUGGUAGUGAGGUGGAUCUUGAUCUUGGAAACUACGAGAGGUUUCUAGAUGUCACAUUAACUCGAGAUAACAAUAUCACUUACGGGAAGAUUCAGCAGGUAACUACAGAAUGUUUUAUCUUUGGAUUUAUCUGCAACAAGCCCAUAACUAAAGUACCUUUGUUGUUGUUGUUGUUGUCACAGUAUGUGAUCGAGAAAGAGAGGAAAGGAGAUUACUUAGGGGAAACUGUUCAGAUUGUUCCUCACGUCACUGAUACAAUCCGAGAAUGGGUGGAGAAAGUUGCAAUGAUUCCUGUAGAUGGAAAAGAAGGUCCUCCUGAUGUUUGCAUCAUUGAAUUAGGUGGAACUAUAGGAGAUAAUGAAUCCAGGCCUUUUGCUGACGCACUUAGCCAAUUAUCAUACAGUGUAGGCCGUGAGAAUUUCUGUCUGAUCCAUGUCACACUCGUGCCAGUGCUCAGUGUUGUUGGUGAACAGAAAACAAAACCAACACAGCACAGCAUUAGAGAUCUACGAGGCUUGGGUUUGACACCUAAUAUCAUAGCUUGUCGGAGCACAGAGGUACUUGAAGAGAAUGUAAAAGCAAAGCUAUCUCGGUUUUGCUAUGUUCCGAUUCAGAACAUCUUCUCUCUCUAUGAUGUUCACAGCAUCUGGCACAUUCCUUUGUUGCUCAGGGAACAGAAGGCUCAUGAAGCAAUAUCAAAAGUCCUGAACCUUUCUGGUAUUGCUAAAGAACCUUCUUUAGAGAAAUGGGCUUCAAUGGUAGAAAUUAGUGACAGUUUAAAUGUACCGGUGAGAAUCGCUAUCGUGGGAAAAUAUACAGAUCUCUCAGAUGCCUAUCUUUCUGUCUUGAAGGCUCUCCUCCAUGCUUCCGUGGCUUUUGGAAAAAAGCUUGUAGUUGAUAUGGUUCCAUCUUGUGAUCUCGAAAAGACCACCAAGAAAGAGAAUUCACGCGCAUACGAGGCUGCUUGGAAGUUACUCAAGGACGCAGAUGGAGUUCUUCUCCCUGGAGGGUUUGGUGAUAGGGGAAUAGAGGGGAUGAUUCUUGCAGCGAAAUAUGCCCGAGAAAACAGUAUCCCUUUCCUCGGUAUCUGUCUCGGGAUGCAGAUCGCUGUUAUCGAGUUUUCACGCUCACUUCUCUACUUGCCUGAUGCAAAUAGCACAGAGUUUGAACCUGAAACCAAAAAUCCAUGCAUCAUAUUCAUGCCUGAGGGCUCCACAACUCAUAUGGGAGGCACAAUGAGAUUAGGCUCGAGAAGAGCCUAUUUCCAUGUCAAAGACAGCAAAUCUGCAAGACUAUAUGGGAACAAAGAGUUUGUCGAUGAAAGGCAUCGCCAUAGAUAUGAGGUGAAUCCUGAUAUGGUUGCAUGCCUCGAGAAGGCGGGUCUCUCUUUUGCUGCAAAAGAUGAAACUGGCGAGCGAACGGAGAUUGUUGAAGUUCCAAGCCACCCUUUUUUCAUCGGUGCUCAAUUCCAUCCCGAGUACAAGUCGAGACCCGGGAAAAUAUCUCCUCUGUUCUUAGGACUAAUAGCAGCAUCAUGUGGUGAGCUAGAUGCAGUCCUGAAUCCAGUUUCCAUUCACCAAGACAACCAAAACAUGUACUUGGAAAAGAACAAAACAAAGGUCGGUCCAAAAAAGUGUUUUGGUAAUGAAACCAACAAGAAAUCUCAGAAACUUCAGUGACCUCCAUCACCAUUGAUCUGAUUUUAAGACUCUGAACACCAUAGAAUUGGUUCAAGUUCCUUCUUUAUGGGUUGUUUUUAUUUCUCUUUAUUUUGCAUUUUCUCUGUUCAGUUGCAAUAAGAUCCAGUGUAACAUAACUCUUCUUUUUUUUCUUGAAGAAUCAAGAAACAUCUUAAAAAUCAAAGCUUUUGCCCUUUGAUGCCAAAUAAGUUCUCUGUUUAAGUUCUU